AGUUGCUGGUGACCUUAGACAUGGGUUUUCUGACCUCAUUACGCAGAAUAAUUAUUUAUUUCGCCAUAUUCCUCGGAGCUAUAUUCCUCCUUCCCGGAUUACCACCUAGCACCACUUUUCCCUUCAAGGAAUAUGUUGUAAAGCCUCCUUUAGAACUGAAAGGACCGUUAAAACCAAAUUUUCACCUGGAUGGUGCUAGGCAUUUGUGGAAAGAUCAAGUUUACGGACCUGAGAACCUUAUAGUGCGAGAUGAGUGGAUCUACACGGGAAUACAUGGCGGAGAAGUCAUCCGACUAAAUAAAGACUCCGUCGAACCUAUAACAAAGGUCGGGCAACCUUGUGAUUACAUUUUUGAUGACGAUCUAUGCGGCUAUCCAGUGGGUUUGGCCUUUGACACCAUAGGAAAUAAUCUGAUUAUAGCAGAUGCACAUUAUGGAAUAUGGCAAGUAAGCUUGGAUACGAAAGAGAAGACCAAUUUGGUGUCUCCGGAGGAAAUCCUUCCCGGGAAAGGAGUGAAUCGCCCGGGAAAGCUGUUUAAUUCAGUGACAGUCAGCCGGGAGGGUGACAUUUACUGGACCGACUCUACGUCCGAAGGAUUUGCUUUCAUGGCUUUUGCUAAUCCUUCGGGGCGACUUUUAAAAUACAAUCGACUAACAAAAAAUGUUGAGGUUCUCCUAGAUGAGUUGGCCUUGUCUAAUGGAGUGGCUUUAAAUCCCGAUGAGGAUUUUGUAGUUGUGGCCGAAACGGCUGCCAUGCGUCUGACGAAAUAUUAUCUAAAGGGACCCCAAAAGGGUCUGAGUGAAAUAUUUGUGGAAUGUUUGCCAGGAUUGCCGGAUAAUCUGACUCCUGAUACUGACGGAAUCUGGGUGCCUUUGGCCCUAGCUGUAGAUAGUGAGAAUCCCAAUCCGUUUGCAGGAUUGGCACCUUAUCCGAGGUUAAGAUUUUUCCUCGCUCGACUGGUCGGAAUAAUGCAGCUUCCUUUUCAAUUCUUAAAAAAUAUAUAUCCCAACAACAUUUCUGCUCAUCUCUUACACUCAUUUACAGAGUGGGUCAGCUCAAACUCGCCUAAUCGGACCACUAUAGUGCGUUUAGACUGGAAUGGUAACAUCGUCAAGGCCUUGCAUGGUUUUGAUAGAUCUGCUGCCAGUAUAUCACAUGUCCUAGAAUAUAAAGGCUACUUGUAUUUGGGUUCGCCAACAAAUCAACACAUAGUGAAAGUUAAAUUAAGCGACCUAAAACAAAUAUGAGCAUAUCAGAAAUCCGUUCAUAAUUAAGCAAAUUAAAUAAAAUAUUC